GCGGCCUUUUUGAAGCCCUUAGCGAACUUAGCGCCUGCAGCUCCGGCGGCACCAGCCUUUCCACCCUUCUUGAAACCCGCGGCACCGCCAGCUUUUCCGGCGGCAAAACCAGCUUUCUUGGCCCCCUUCGCAAAACCUGCUUUCCCUCCCUUAGCAGCCACUGCACCGCCGGCGGCACCGGCUUUGGCCCCUUUAGCGCCCGCAACGGCAACCCCCGCAGCCUUUACUCCGCCCGCUUUGGUCUCAGCCACCGAUAAGUCGUAUUCAGAGGCACUACUCUCCAGCUACGAAAGAGACGAAGACCUGGAGAGUAGUGCCUCUGAAUACGACUUAUCGGUGGCUGAGACCAAAGCGGGCGGAGUAAAGGCUGCGGGGGUUGCCGUUGCGGGCGCUAAAGGGGCCAAAGCCGGUGCCGCCGGCGGUGCAGUGGCUGCUAAGGGAGGGAAAGCAGGUUUUGCGAAGGGGGCCAAGAAAGCUGGUUUUGCCGCCGGAAAAGCUGGCGGUGCCGCGGGUUUCAAGAAGGGUGGAAAGGCUGGUGCCGCCGGAGCUGCAGGCGCUAAGUUCGCUAAGGGCUUCAAAAAGGCCGCCUUUGCCAAAGUAGGAGGUGCCGGAUAUAACAAGAAAUUCGGUGUCGUCAAGAAGUUUGGUAUGAGUCAGGGAUUUAAGUUUGGAAAGGCUGGCGGAGUGUUUGCUGCGGGUGGGGCUGCCGGUGCCGCCGGUAAGAAGGCAGUUGCUGGUAAAGCUGCCGGUGCCGCUGGCUUUAAGAAAGGUGCGAAAGCAGGAAAGGCCGGGUUCGGUGCGGCAGCCGGAGCUAAGGGAGGAAAGGUUGGUAAAGCCGCUGGAAAGGCAGCCUUUAAGAAGGGCGCGGCAGCCGGCGCUAAGUUCGCUAAGAAAGCCGGCGCUGGCGCUGGAAAAGGACUCAUCGGGGAAGACCCCAACCCAGGACUUCCGGCCACUGAUAAUACUCAAGACAAUGACCGUAAAGAACCUGAACCAACACUAGCAGAUAUUGUUGGAUAUAGUGAUAAACAAUUGCCGGACACCGAAGUGCCUAAACAAGAGAUCCCAAAACCCGAUGAUUUGGUCAACAAAUUGUCGAAUAAGUCUUCGAGUGAACAGAAAAGGAUUUAA